AAGGGAAUAAUACAAAUGUUAAUAGUCUUUCAACUCCUUGCCAAAUAUGCAAAUAUUGCAAUAAGGAUGUUGUAGACUUAGUUGAUCAGUUGAAAGAGCAUUUGAAUAAAUAUAAUUCUUUUCUUUAUAAACUUCAUGAAUCAACAAACUUAAUUACUAGUAAAGCUCAUCGAAAUAGUGCACCUAUAUGA